AUGGGGUGGGAGUGGCGGCAGGGUAGAGAUGAGUUACCCUUCCGUGGUUCAGAGACAUUCAUAAUUCAAGAUGGAUUCAUCAUUUUUCGGUGGUGGAAAAUGUAUAACCCCAAACAGAAGCAACACGAUCCAAAGGCAGAGACUAGAUUAUACAUCACAGUGAAUGACUUUGAAUUUCAUGUCUACAAUCGUUCUGAUCUUUAUGGACAACUUCAAGAAUUGUUUGGUUUGGAGCCAACCAUAAUUCCAUCCAAGAAAGAUAGUGAAAGAGUGCUGGAGAAUGGGAGAGAGAGGACACGGCCCAACAUUGAAAGGGUUAAAGUAAGAACAGAAUCUCAAGAUCCCUCAUCUUCAUGGAGAUCUCUUAUUCCAGUCAUAAAGGUCAAUGUGAGCACAGGUCGUUUGGCAUUUGGGAAUCAUUAUCAACCACAGACUCUCUGUAUUAACUUUGAUGAUGCUUUCUUAACAUACACUACAAAGCCACCAUCAAGCCACCUUGACCAGUUUAUGCACAUCGUAAAAGGAAAACUAGAAAAUGUCCGAGUCAUGCUCGUCCCCAGUCCCCGCUAUGUCGGUCUUCAAAAUGAUGAGCCACCAAGAUUAAUGGGAGAAGGUUUUGUCGUGAUGCAAUCCAACGAUGUUGACAUUUACUACUAUAUGGAUGAACCAGGCCUGGUCCCAGAAGAGACUGAGGAAAUUAUCGAAGGAGAAAUGAGCAGUGAGGAUAGUAAAUUGCAAGAUUUGCCUCCAUGUUGGGGAUUGGAUAUAGUUUGUGGUAAAGGAACGGAUUUCAAUUAUGGACCCUGGGCUGACCGGCAGAGAGACUGUUUAUGGAAGUUUUUUUUCCCACCUGAUUACCAAGUUAUGAAAAUUUCCGAAAUUGCUCAGCCAGGGAAACCGAGGCAAAUCCUUGCUUUUGAGUUGCGGAUGAAUAUCAUUGCAGAUGCCACGAUUGAUUUGUUGUUCACAAAAAAUAGGGAAACAAAUGCUGUACACGUGAAUGUAGGAGCUGGGUCAUAUUUAGAAAUCAACAUUCCUAUGAUAGUAGGAGAAAAUGGUUAUACCCCUGCAAUUAAAGGACAACUUUUACAUGUUGAUGCUACCAGCAGUAUGCAAUACCGGACCCUUUUAGAAGCAGAAAUGUUAGCAUUCCAUGUCAAUGCCAGUUAUCCCCGGAUAUGGAACAUGCCCCAGACAUGGCAGUGUGAACUGGAGGUUUAUAAGGCAACCUAUCACUUCAUCUUUGCCCAGAAAAACUUCUUUACAGAUUUAAUUCAAGAUUGGUCUAGUGAUAGUGCCCCUGAUAUUUUUUCAUUUGUUCCAUAUACAUGGAAUUUUAAAGUUAUGUUUCAUCAAUUUGAGAUGAUUUGGGCAGCGAAUCAACACAAUUGGAUUGACUGUUCUACCAAACAGCAAGAAAAUGUUUAUUUGGCAGCCUGUGGGGAAACAUUAAACCUUGAUUUUUCUUUGCCUUUUACUGACUUUGUUCCAACUACCUGCAAUACCAGAUUUACUUUAAGGGGAGAAGAUGUCGAUCUUCAUUUAUUUCUACCUGAUUGUCACCCAAGUAAAUACUCAUUAUUCUUGUUGGUGAAAAAUUGUCACCCAAAUAAAAUGAUUCCGGAGAACUGUAUUCCUGCUGAGUGUCAGAGUGGCCAGAAAACAGUGAAGCCAAAAUGGCGUAACAUCACCCAAGAAAAGGCUGGUUGGGUUGAAUGCUGGACCGUCCCAAGUGUAAUGCUUACUAUUGACUACACCUGGCAUCCAAUUUAUCCUCAGAAGGCAGAUGAACAACUAAAGCAAUCAUUGUCAGAAAUGGAAGAAACAAUGUUAUCAGUACUGAGGCCAACCCAGAAAACAUCAGACAGAGUUGUCUCUUCUCCCACAACCUCUUCACGCCCACCUAUUGAUCCAUCAGAACUUCCACCUGAUAAACUCCAUGUAGAGAUGGAACUCUCUCCAGAUUCUCAAAUCACCCUGUAUGGACCACUAUUGAAUGCCUUCCUCUCUAUAAAGGAGAAUUACUUUGGAGAAGAUGACAUGUAUAUGGACUUUGAAGAAAUUAUUUCGAGCCCUGUCUUAUCACUCUCAACCUCCUCCAGCUCUGGCUGGACUGCUGUUGGGAUGGAACAUGACAAAAAGGAAAACGAGAGCUCGGCCAAGCCAGUCCAUCCUCUCACCUUGCGUCCUUGGGACAUUACUGUGCUUGUGAACUUGUACAAGGUUCAUGGGCGCCUUCCUGUUCAUGGAAGCACUGAUAGUCCUGAAUGCCCAACAGCUUUCUUGGAAAGACUAUGUUUUGAAAUGAAAAAAGGAUUUAGAGAAACCAUGUUGCAGCUUGUUCUGUCCCCACUAAAUGUAUUUGUGAAUGACAACUACCAGCAACGACCUCCCGUGGAUGAAGUGCUCAGAGAAGGCCACAUCAGUCUGUCAGGCCUGCAGCUUCGAGCACAUGCUAUGUUUUCAGCAGAAGGUCUUCCUCUAGGAAGUGAUUCCUUAGAAUAUGCAUGGUUAAUUGAUGUCCAGGCUGGGUGUCUGACAGCUAAAGUUACAGCCCCACAGCUGGCGUGUCUUUUGGAAUGGGGACAGACGUUUGUUUUCCAUGUGGUGUGCCGAGAAUUUGAGCUGGAAAGGCCAAAAUCCGUAAUACUAUGUCAGCAUGGAAUUGAUCGUCGCUUCUGUGAAUCUAAGCUGAGUUGUGUUCCUGGGCCUUGUUCAACCUCGGAUGAGUUGAAGUACACCAUGACCCGCUUAGCCGUUGAUGGUGCAGACCUGUACAUUGUGGAGCAUGGCUGUGCUACAAACAUACGGAUGGGUGCCAUUCGAGUUGCAAACUGUAAUCUCCAUAAUCAAUCAGUUGGGGAAGGUAUAAGUGCUGCAAUUCAAGAUUUUCAAGUGAGACAGUACAUUGAGCAAUUAAGUAAUUGCAGAAUUGGACUUCAGCCUGCACUACUGAGGAGGGCUUACUGGCUCGAGGCUGGAUCAGUCAAUGUAGGGCUUGUUACUGUUGACAUUGCCUUAGCCGCUGACCACCAUUCCAAACAUGAGGUGCAAAGGCACUUCUUAGAAACUCAUGAUAGAAGAACCAAGAGGUUAUGGUUUUUGUGGCCAGAUGACAGCAUGAAGAAUAAAAGGAGCAGGAACAAGUGUGGCUGUUUGGGAGGCUGCAGGUUCUUUGGGGGCACAGUCACUGGCCUGGACUUCUUCAAGCUGGAAGAGCUCACACCUUCCAGCAGUUCGGCCUUUUCUAGUACAAGCGCGGAGUCUGACAGGUGUUAUGGGCAGUCUCUCCUUCAGCCUGGAGAAUGGAUUAUCACCAAAGAAUUGCCCAAAGUUGUUGAUGGUAAAAUAAAUGGCCCCAAAAGGAAAGACUGGGACAGCAAGUCAGUGGGGCUCGAAGUAGAGAGAAAAGCCCACUCCCUGAGUCUCCAAGUGCCCUUACGCUCCCACAGCUCAUCCUCUUCCUCAGAGGAGAACAGCAGUUCCAGUGCUGCCCAGCCCUUGUUAGCCGGGGACAAAGAGAGUCCUUCUUCUGGUGCUGAAGAACCCAUGAUGCAAAAGGAUGCCUUAUUGACUUCCAAAAAGGACGAUGGCCAAGGAAGCAUUCCUGCAGACGUUUCUGGAAAUAGCCCUGUUUCUCCAAAUACUCAGGAUAAGUCUGGAGUUCAAUCUCCCCUUAGAUCCCCCUUAAAACGACAGGCAUCUGUGUGUUCCACCAGGCUGGGAAGUACCAAAAGUCUGACUGCGGCUUUCUAUGGUGACAAGCAACCCGUCACAGUUGGAGUUCAGUUCAGCAGCGAUGUCUCCCGAAGUGAUGAGAAUGUGCUGGAUUCCCCAAAACAGCGAAGGAGCUUUGGUUCCUUCCCAUACACACCAUCAGCCGACUCAAACUCAUUUCAUCAGUACCGUUCAAUGGAUUCCAGUAUGUCAAUGGCUGACAGUGAAGCCUAUUUUUCGGCAGCUGAGGAAUUUGAACCAAUAAGCAGUGAUGAAGGCCCAGGAACUUAUCCUGGACGGAAAAAAAAGAAAAAACAGGCCCAGCAAAUUGACUAUAGCAGGGGUUCCAUCUAUCACAGUGUGGAAGGACCACUUUCAGGCCAUGGAGAAAGCAUUCAGGAUACCCAGACUUUGCCAAUUAAAACUCAUCCUUCUCAGGCAUCAUUUGUUUCAGCCCUUGGAGGGGAUGAUGAGCUUGGAGAACACCUGUACAUAACUGAAGGAGAGAAAAUCACAGAGAGGGAACAGAUUACUUCUCAACAGCCUGUAAUGAGUUGUUAUCAAACCUACCUGACUCAAUUCCAGGUGAUUAAUUGGUUAAUUAAGCACCCAACAAACAAAAGAACCUCAAAGUCCUCCCUGCACCGACCCCUAGAUCUGGACACACCAACCAGUGAAGAGAGCUCAUCAUCUUUUGAACACCUCUCCGUCCCAACUUUCAAGGUCAUCAAACAAGGCCUCACAGCUAAUUCUUUACUAGACAGAGGCAUGCAGCUCACAGGAACAACAUCAAAUACUCCAUAUACCCCUUUGGAAAAGAAAGUCAUGGAUAACACAGAUGAUGAGACGUUAACAGAAGAGUGGACCCUGGAUCAGCCAGUCUCUCAGACCAGGACAACGGCUAUAGUAGAAGUGAAAGGAACUGUAGAUGUGGUUCUGACACCCCUGGUAGCUGAAGCUUUAGACAGAUAUAUUGAAGCAAUGGUUCACUGGGCCAGUACCCGGCACCCAGCUUCAAUAGUGGAUCAUCUUCAUUCCAAGGUUCUAAGAGAAGCUGUGCAAACUAGCAAGACCACCUUCUCUGAAAAUUUGUCCUCCAAGCAGGAUAUUAGAGGAACAAAAACUGAGCAGCCAACCACAGGACGUGCCAACCAAGGACAAGCACAGACGAAUCUUAUGCCUAAGCAGGAUAAUGUAACCAUUAAAGGUCUUCAGGCCAAUGUCAGCAUCCCCAAGGUAAACUUGUGUUUAUUGCAAGCAUCAGUAGAAGAAUCUCCUACAGCUUCUGGGAGAAGCGUAACUCAUGUUUCCCUCGUGGCAUUGUGCUUUGAUAGGAUUGCUACACAAGUUCGUAUGAAUAGAGGUGUGGUUGAAGAGACCUCAAACAGUACCGAACCUGGCAGGACCUCCAACUUGGAUAGAUACGUCCAUGCCAGCAAAAUGCAGCCUCAGUCCUCGGGCUCUCUGCGGUCCAAUGCUGGAGUCGAAAAAGGCAAAGAAGUUGCUGCUAAGUUAAACAUUCAUCGAGUACACGGACAGCUAAGGGGCCUUGAUACGACAGAUAAUGGGACCUGUGCCAUCACUGCCAUUCCUUUUGAGAAGUCGAAGGUUUUAUUUACUCUUGAAGAGUUGGAUGAAUUUACUUUUGUGGAUGAAACUGAUCAUCAGGCCAUUCCAGAUGUAACUCGAGUAGGCCCAAGCCAGGAAAAAUGGGGAUGGAUAAUGUUUGAGUGUGGACUUGAAAACCUGACAAUAAAAGGAGGAAGACAGUCUGGAGCUAUUUUAUACAAUGCUAUUGGAGUUAUGGGUAAAUCUAAUGCCACAGAGAGGGGUGGACUACUGACGUCCAAUAAUUCUUCUGAUUCUCCAACCGGCAGUGGCUAUAAUACUGAUGUAUCUGAUGAUAAUCUUCCUUGUGACCGAAUUAGCCCUUCCUCAGACAUAAAUGGAAAUUCUAUUUCAGAUGAACAGGAUGAAGGAGUUGAAUCAGAUGAUUUGAAAAAAGAUCUUCCUCUAAUGCCUCCCCCACCAGAUUCCUGCAGCAUGAAGUUGACUAUCAAAGAAAUUUGGUUUAGUUUUGCUGCUCCAACCAAUGUGAGAUCGCCUACACAUGCCUUUUCUAGGCAACUGAACCUUCUGAGUACUGCUACUCCUGCUGUAGGUGCUUGGCUUGUUCCCAUUGACCAACUCAAGUCAUCUUUAAACAAAUUAGAAACAGAAGGAACCUUAAGAAUUUGUGCUGUGAUGGGAUGUAUCAUGACAGAAGCCUUGGAGAAUAAAAGUAUGCACUUUCCUCUAAGAAGCAAAUACAACAGACUUACUAAGCUUGCUCGUUUUCUCCAAGAAAAUCCUUCAUGUUUACUUUGCAACAUCCUGCACCACUACCUCCACCAGGCCAAUUAUUCCAUCAUUGAUGACGCUACAAUGAGUGAUGGACUUCCUGCCUUAGUAACGUUAAAGAAAGGUUUGGUUGCACUUGCGAGGCAGUGGAUGAAAUUCAUUGUGGUUACCCCAGCUUUUAAAGGCGUCAGCUUACACAGGCCAGCUCAGGCCUUGAAACCUCAGGCUGCGGUGAACCAGGAACAUGAAGAUGGACUCGGACUAGACAGUGGUGGUGGUCUUCAGAGUGAUACCAGUGCGGAUGGGGCAGAAUUUGAAUUUGAUGCAGCUACUGUCAGUGAACACACAAUGCUUCUAGAGGGAACAGCCAACCGACCUCCACAAGGUGGGGUUUCUUCUGGACCUGUAAGUGGAGCUGAGAUCAUGAGGAAAUUAUCAAAGACACACACCCAUAGUGACUCGGCUUUAAAAAUAAAGGGGAUACAUCCAUACCAUUCUCUGAGCUAUACUAGUGGAGACACAGCCACAGAUUCGCCAGUGCAUGUGGGUCGUUCUGGGAUUCCUGUCAAAGAAAGUCCAAGAAAGGAGAGUCUGCUUAGCUAUUUGACUGGGAGUUUUCCUAGCUUGCAUAAUCUCCUAGAAGGGACUCCUCAGAGAAGUGCUACAACAGUUAAAAGUAGUUCUCUGACCAGAACAGGUAACACAGUGGCCACAGACAUGUUAUCUGAACAUCCUUUGUUAUCUGAGCCUUCAUCUGUGAGCUUCUAUAAUUGGAUGUCAAAUGCAGUGGGCAAUAGAGGAAGUGUGGUGCAAGAAUCUCCUGCCCCAAAGUCAGGACACAAUAGUCUUCCAACAGGUGUUGCUCCUAACCUUCCUACAAUACCCUCAGCUUCAGACUUCAAUACUGUUUUGUCAAGUGACCAGAACACCUUAGAUGGAACCCAUUCUCAGCAUAGCACAAGUCAGGAUGAUGUGGCAGGGAUAGAAGAAGCCAACCAAGGAUUUCCUGCUGUCCAGCUUGCUGAUGCCCAGGUUGUCUUCAAACCACUUCUGAGCCAUACGGGCAUUCAGUCACAGGAUGCAAUGCCGCUCUGCUACCGAAUGUACUUUGGAGAACAUCUUUCGUUUUCUGGGACAUUAGAUUGCCUCAGAGCAGAUAUUGUGGAUUCAGAUACAGCUAAGGAAAGAAGAAGCAAACGAGCAAGACGGCAAGGACAUGUCAACCUUCCUCCACUUGAGUUCAAACCUGCAUUAAUGUUGGAAACCUUCAGCCUCAGUGCUGUAGUAAUGGAGAAGUCCACAUGUACCCCGCAGAACUCCACCAAUGCUUUUUCAUUUCAUGACCUCAACAAGCGUUAUUUCAAUACCUUUCACUGCAAUUUUACCAUUUCCUGUCAGUCAAUAAGCCAACAUGUAGACAUGGCUUUGGUUCGUCUUAUUCACCAAUUUAGUACAAUGAUAGAUGACAUAAAAGCCACUCAGACUGAUAUCAAACUUAAUCGCUAUACAGCAGGGUCAGCUUCCCCCACACCUACCUUCAAAACGCACAAACACCGGGACUUCCGCUCUUCUGACUUCAGCCGAAGCUCUAGGGGGAGCCUUAAUGGUGGUGGGAGAGUCAACAAUGCAAAGAACAAAAGGGCCAACAGUGAGAACAACAAAAAGGAAUCUCGAAACAAGAAUUCUUUGGGACGGUCUGAAAGAAGAACCUCAAAGGUAUCAAGGAAAGGUUCCAAGGAGGUGGUGGAUCACAUGACUAUCCACAUGGACGACUCAGAUUCCAUUACAGUGUCUGAACAGAGCGAACCUUCAGCAGAGUGCUGGCAAAACAUGUACAAGCUGCUUAACUUUUAUUCACUUAUCUCUGACCCAACAGGGAUAUUGGAGAAAUCUUCAGAAACUUUUGGUCCAACUGGAGUGCGGAGCCCUACAGAAGCUCCUUGUAAAGUUGUGUUUGAGAAUGAACAAGACAAUAAUAGCCUGACCAAAACACAAAGGAAACGAAGCCUGGUCACUUCAGAACCUCAGAAUGUCACACUGAUUGUUUUUGGUAUUGGCAUGGUGAACCGUACACACCUCGAGGCCGACAUUGGUGGACUUACAAUGGAAUCAGAAUUGAAGAGAAUUCAUGGCAGUUUUACCCUUAAAGAAAAAAUGAAAGAUGUUUUACAUCAAAAGAUGACCGAGACUUGUGCCACUGCACAUAUUGGUGGGGUUAAUAUUGUACUGCUUGAGGGGAUUACGCCAAACAUACAACUGGAAGAUUUCCCUACAUCUCCUACAAGCACCGCCAAACAAGAAUUUCUAACUGUAGUAAAGUGUAGUAUUGCCAAGUCCCAAGCCCUCUACAGUGCCCAGAGAGGGCUGAAGACAAACAAUGCUGCUGUGUUCAAGGUGGGAGCAAUCAGCAUCAACAUUCCUCAGCACCCAGCCACCUUGCACAGCAUGAUGGUUCGCAGCUCACACCAGCUUUCCAAGCAGAUCUCAGACCUCAUCAGACAACCAUCAGCAGCCCCACAGUCUGCAAAAGAAGAUAUUGCAACCCCUUUACCUUCUGAAAAAACUCCAAGUGUUAACCAGACUCCUAUUGAAACUAAUGAAUUUCCACAGCUUCCUGAAGGCUUGGAAAAGAAGCCUAUUGUUCUUAAGUUCAGCGCCAUGUUGGAUGGCAUAGCAAUUGGAGCAGCACUCUUACCGUCUCUGAAAGCAGAGUAUAAGAUGGGAAGAAUGAGAAGCCAUGGGAUGACAGGUGCUCAGACAAGAUUUACAUUUGAACUACCAAAUCACAGACUACGCUUUACUUCAAAAGUUUCUGCCACGGAUAUGUCAACUAUUCCUCCUUCUGCUAGCCUUAACCUUCCUCCUGUUACUAUGUCGGGGAAGUACAUAAUGGAAGAGCAUGACAGUUAUUCUGAUCAAGUGUGGAGUAUAGAUGAGUUGCCCUCGAAGCAAGGUUACUAUUUACAGGGAAACUAUCUGCGUUGUGUGGCCGAGGUUGGUUCAUUUGAGCAUAAUCUUACAACUGACCUUCUAAACCAUCUGGUAUUUGUGCAAAAAGUUUUUAUGAAGGAAGUUAAUGAAGUAAUACAAAAAGUUUCUGGUGGGGAGCAGCCUAUUCCUCUCUGGAAUGAGCAUGAUGGCACAGCAGAUGGAGAUAAGCCCAAAAUUCUUCUCUAUUCCUUGAAUCUGCAGUUUAAGGGCAUUCAAGUAACAGCCACAACUCCAUCCAUGAGAGCUGUGAGGUUUGAGACUGGACUGAUUGAAUUGGAGCUCUCUAACCGACUUCAGACGAAAGCUUUGCCAGGAGGCAGCAGUUAUCUGAAGCUGUUUGGUAAAUGCCAAGUUGAUUUAAAUCUGGCAUUAGGACAAAUUGUCAAACACCAGGUUUAUGAAGAAGCUGGUUCUGACUUUCACCAGGUUGCCUAUUUUAAAACUAGAAUUGGACUAAGGAAUGCCCUCCGAGAAGAAAUCAGUGGUUCUUCAGAUAGGGAAGCUGUGCUAAUUACUUUGAAUAGACCAAUUGUUUACGCUCAACCUGUGGCCUUUGACAGAGCUGUCCUGUUUUGGCUCAAUUACAAGGCUGCCUAUGAUAACUGGAACGAACAGAGAAUGGCACUGCAUAAGGAUAUUCACAUGGCCACAAAGGAGGUGGUGGAUAUGUUACCGGGCAUUCAGCAGACGUCUGCCCAGGCUUUUGGGACCCUUUUCCUCCAGCUUACUGUUAAUGAUCUGGGGAUUUGUCUGCCUAUCACAAACACUGCCCAGUCGAAUCACACUGGUGACCUUGAUACUGGCUCUGCUUUGGUAUUAACCAUUGAAAGUACUCUCAUCACUGCCUGCUCUUCUGAGUCCCUCGUUAGUAAAGGUCACUUCAAAAAUUUCUGCAUCCGCUUCGCUGAUGGCUUUGAGACAACUUGGGAUGACUGGAAACCAGAAAUUCGUGGGGAUCUUGUCAUGAAUGCUUGUGUAGUACCAGAUGGUACUUAUGAGGUCUGCUCAAGAACUACUGGGCAGGCCGCAGCUGAAAGUAGUAGUGCUGGCACCUGGACACUCAAUGUAUUGUGGAAAAUGUGUGGAAUUGAUGUCCACAUGGAUCCUAACAUUGGGAAGAGGCUGAAUGCUCUAGGAAACACCCUGACCACCCUGACGGGAGAGGAGGACGUAGAUGACAUUGCUGACCUCAGCUCAGUGAACAUCGCCGAUCUGUCAGAUGAAGAUGAAACAGAUACAAUGUCACCCACUGUGCAUGCUAGUUCAGAUGGAAGUUCAAUAUGUGGAGAUGUCAACAAGCUUACCUUUGGGCAGCGACUUGUAAAUCACCUGCUGGGAUUGACACCCCAAAAUCAGCGUUCUUCUGUUCCUGCAGAAUAUCUGUUUGGAUCAGAGAUGUGUGCUGCCCCUCAGUACAACCAGACACAUUUGAAAGCGUGCAGGGCUCACUCAUGGGGAAAUGAAGUUGUAGAUUAUCGAAGGCAAGGAGUCUCUGCUACCCAACUUGGAGAACUGAGAGGAAGGAAAAUCAUGAAACGCAUUGUGGAUAUUAGAGAAUUGAAUGAACAGGCCAAAGUCAUUGAUGAUCUCAAAAAAUUAGGUGCAAGUGAAGGUACCAUAAAUCAAGAAAUUCAGCGAUACCAACAAUUAGAGUCUGUUGCAGUGAAUGAUAUUCGUAGAGAUGUCCGUAAAAAGUUGCGAAGAUCCAGCAUGCGGGCUGCUUCUCUGAAGGACAAAUGGGGUCUAGGAUACAAACCCAGUUACAGCCGGUCAAAAAGUAUUGCUGCUUCUGGAAGGCCACCUCUUAAACGAACAGAAAGAGCAAGUUCUCGAUUAGGAGAAAAUGAGGAGCUUCCAGAAAUCCGGGUCGAUGCAGCAUCUCCUGGACCAAGAGUAACCUUCAAUAUCCAGGACCCAUCGAAUAAUACAGUUUGGGGAAAUGCACAACAGUCUCGAUGUCCAGGGCAAGUGUAUUUUAAGUUUCCUGAGGAAACAGAAUUGGAUCUUUUGUCAGUAACCAUUGAUGGGCCAUCCCAAUACUCAUCCAACAGUGAAGGGUCAUGCUCAGUGUUCAGUUCACCCAAAACUCCAGUUCUCUUCUCCCCGGGCAUCCCUUUCCAAAAUGAAGAGGGAAGACGGGAUGACAGUUUGUCUUCCUCUAGCGAAGAUUCAGAAAAGGAUGAAAAGGAAGAGGACCACGAUAGGGAAAGACUUUAUGUUUACAGGAAGCCCUCUCACACAUCCCGGAAAAAAGCCACAGGCUUUGCUGCUGUCCAUCAGCUGUUUACAGAACGUUGGCCAACUGCCCCUGUCAACAGAAAUCUGAGCGGCACCACUACAGAGAGAAAUAUUGAUUUUGAACUUGAUAUUAGAGUGGAAAUUGAUAGUGGAAAAUGUGUCCUGCAUCCAACAACCCUUUUGCAAGAACAUGAUGACAUAAGCUUGAGAAGAAGUUAUGACCGGAGCUCCAGAAGCUUAGAUCAAGAAUCCCCCUCAAAAAAGAAGAAAUUUCAAACAAACUAUGCUUCUACUACCCACUUAAUGACUGGUAAAAAAGUGCCCUCCUCUCUGCAGACUAAGCCCAGUGAUCUGGAGACAACAGUAUUUUACAUUCCUGGAGUUGAUGUAAAGCUACAUUAUAACUCCAAGACAUUAAAGACCGAGUCACCCAAUACUUCUAGAGGAUCUUCUUUGCCAAGAACCCUUUCUAAAGAGUCCAAGCUGUACGGUAUGAGAGACAAUGCGACGUCGCCUCCUCCUCCUCCUCCUCCACCACCACCACCACCACCACCACCACCUCCUCCUCCUCUUUUAACUAGCACUUUCCAGAACAAGACUAACACCUUACUUCCUCCCCAACCCCCACCUAUUCCCUCAGCCAAAGGCAAAGGAAGUGGAGGCGUAAAGACAGCAAAAUUAUAUGCUUGGGUAGCCCUUCAAUCGCUACCAGAAGAAAUGGUGAUUAGUCCCUGUCUAUUAGAUUUUCUGGAGAAGGCCCUGGAAACUAUCCCCAUUACACCAAUUGAAAGAAAUUAUACUGCUGUUAGCUCUCAAGAUGAAGACAUGGGGCACUUUGAUAUACCAGAUCCAAUGGAAGAAUCCACAACAUCCUUAGUGUCAUCUUCAACAUCUGCUUACUCCUCCUUCCCGGUAGAUGUCGUGGUCUACGUCCGAGUUCAGCCUUCUCAGAUCAAGUUCAGCUGUUUACCAGUAUCCAGAGUAGAAUGUAUGCUAAAGCUGCCUUCUCUGGACUUGGUGUUCUCUUCAAACCGAGGAGAACUGGAGACUUUAGGCACCACUUGUCCUACUGAGGCUGUGUCCCCCAGUGGUCAUGCUACUCAGAGUGGAUCCAAGACCUUCACCAACAAAACAGGGACACCAGGUUCCUCUGGGCUGGGCAGCCCUCUCGGCAGAAGUCGACAUAGUAGCAGUCAAUCUGACCUGACCAAUGCCAGCAGCAGUUCGUCUGGCCUGAGUUUCACUGCCUGCAUGUCAGACUUUUCUCUUUAUGUAUUUCAUCCUUAUGGAGCAGGCAAACAGAAAACUGCUGUUACUGGUCUCACCCCUGGAUCCGGAGGCCUAGGGAACGUAGAUGAGGAGCCAACCUCAGUGACUGGUCGAAAAGAUUCCCUCAGUAUAAACCUGGAGUUUGUGAAAGUGAGCCUGUCCCGAAUCAGACGUUCUGGAGGUGCCUCAUUUUUUGAAAGUCAGAUGGCAAGCAAGUCUACAAACAAAAUGGACACUACGUUAAUAAAUAUAUCUGCUGUGUGUGACAUCGGCUCUGCAUCUUUCAAAUAUGACAUGCGCCGACUGAGUGAAAUUCUGGCCUUUCCCAGAGCCUGGUACAGGAGAAGUAUUGCCCGCCGCCUUUUUCUUGGUGACCAAACCAUCAAUCUUCCUGCAUCUGGUCCUGGGACACCAGAUUCCAUCGAAGGAGUGAGUCAGCACCUUUCUCCAGAAUCGUCUCGGAAAGCUUACUGCAGGACUUGGGAACAGCCCAGCCAGUCUGCCUCCUUCACCCACAUGGCUCAGUCACCUAACGUGUUCAGUGAGCACAUGGCAAACAGCAGCAUGUCCCCGGGAGCAGCUGCUCAGAAUCUGAAAUCUCCUGCUUCCAUGCGAUCCCGGAGUGUGUCUGACUCUUCAGUUCCUCAGAGAGAUUCACUCUCAAGAACAUCUACUCCUUUUAAUAAGUCAAACAAAGCAGCCAGCCAGCAAGGCACCCCAUGGGAGACCCUGGUCGUGUUUGCUAUCAACCUCAAACAGCUUAAUGUUCAAAUGAACAUGAGCAAUGUGAUGGGUAAUACAACAUGGACCACCAGUGGUUUGAAAAGUCAGGGUCGUCUGUCAGUUGGAAGUAAUAGGGACCGCGAGAUCAGCAUGUCUGUUGGCCUGGGGAGAUCCCAGUUAGACUCAAAGGGAGGUGUAGUUGGAGGUACCAUAGAUGUCAACACUUUGGAGAUGGUUGCUCAUAUUUCUGAACAUCCAAAUCAGCAACCGAGUCACAAAAUUCAGAUUACCAUGGGUUCAACUGAAGCUCGUGUGGACUACAUGGGGUCCAGUAUCCUCAUGGGAAUCUUCAGUAAUGCUGAUCUCAAGCUACAGGAUGAAUGGAAAGUGAAUCUGUAUAACACAUUGGAGUCAAGUAUGUCAGAUAAAAGUGAAAUUUUUGUCCAUGGAGAUUUAAAGUGGGAUAUUUUCCAAGUCAUGAUUUCCAGAUCAACCACUCCAGACUUGAUAAAAAUAGGAAUGAAACUCCAGGAAUUCUUCACCCAGCAGUUUGACACAAGCAAGCGAGCUCUGUCUACCUGGGGACCAGUACCUUACCUUCCCCCAAAGGCAACCGCCACUCACCUAGAGAAGAAUUCACAAGAACUACUGCUGGAUGCUGCUCAUCACCGCCACUGGCCUGGCGUUUUGAAGGUCGUAUCAGGAUGCCACAUAUCCUUAUUUCAGAUUCCAUUACCAGAGGAUGGAAUGCAAUUUGGAGGCUCUAUGAGUCUACAUGGAAAUCACAUGACACUUGCUUGUUUCCAUGGCCCUAAUUUCCGUUCAAAAUCCUGGGCUCUUUUUCAUUUAGAAGAACCAAACAUUGCAUUUUGGACAGAAGCACAGAAAAUCUGGGAAGACGGGUCAAGUGAUCAUUCUACAUAUGUUGUCCAGACAUUGGAUUUUCAUCUGGGUCAUAAUACCAUGGUCACCAAACCCUGUGGUGCUUUAGAGAGUCCUAUGGCAACAAUAACCAAGAUCACCAGGCGGCGCCAUGAAAAUCCACCCCAUGGUGUGGCGAGUGUGAAAGAGUGGUUCAAUUAUGUCACUGCCACAAGGAAUGAAGAGUUAAACCUGCUUCGAAAUGUUGAUGCCAAUAAUGCUGAGAGCAGCACCGCUGUCAAGAGUUCUAGUCUCCUGAGUGGGUUCAGGGGGGGCUCCAGUUACAACCAUGAAACUGAGACCAUCUUCGCUCUCCCCCGGAUGCAGCUGGACUUCAAGUCCAUCCACGUUCAGGAGCCCCAGGAGCCUUCCUUGCAGGACACCAACAUCAAGCCGAAAGUGGAAUGUAGUGUGGUAACCGAAUUCACAGACCACAUUUGUGUGACGAUGGAUGCUGAACUGAUCAUGUUCCUUCAUGACUUAGUAUCCGCCUAUCUUAAAGAAAAAGAAAAAGCUAUUUUUCCACCUCGACUGUUAUCCACUCGCCCAGGACAGAAGAGUCCGAUCAUCAUUCAUGAUGAUAAUUCCUCUGAGAAGGACAGAGAAGAAAGCAUCACAUACACUACUGUAGACUGGAGAGAUUUUAUGUGCAAUACCUGGCAUCUAGAACCCACACUACGGUUAAUUUCCUGGACUGGAAGAAAAAUUGACCCAGUGGGUGUCGAUUAUAUUCUUCAAAAAUUGGGUUUUCACCAUGCCAGAACCACUAUUCCCAAAUGGCUUCAGAGAGGAGUCAUGGACCCAUUGGAUAAGGUGCUCUCGGUCCUCAUCAAAAAGCUUGGCACUUCCCUCCAAGAUGAAAAGGAAAGGAAAGGAAAAGACAAGGAAGAACACUAAUGCGGAUCUGUCCAGAAACAAAGUAGAAUUUAUGCCCAUUAAGUUUACGACCCUGAAGGGUUUUCUUGUAUAAUAAAAUUAUUUUCUGUAUAAUUUAAAGAUGAUUCUAAUGGGGGUUUGGGCUACUAUGUUAAAACAGUUCCUGAGUUUAUCUAUUUAUUAUGGUAGCUCCACCAUUCUGUAUACAGUGAAGUAUUGCAUGAUGAUGUAAAUUUUGUGAAAAAAAUUAGAUUCAAUAUGUAAAUCUUCUAGUUAGCAUUUAUAAUUGUAUUAUGUGCAAUAUGAUUCCUGCAUCCUUAAACUAUUUUCAGAUUAACUGUGAAUUUUUGUGACUAAUUAGUCAGGACUUUUUUUUUAUCUUGCUGAUAAUUUGACCUUUUUUGGUUGGUAAUGGCUUUUAUCCUCCUCGGUAAUGUGUAGACUUGUAUAAAUUCCAGUAUGUAUAUAGUUUUAAGAAACUGUGACAUGAUUGCAUAGUGUUAAAAUAUUGUUUGUUACGGUUGUAAUAAAAAGCCAUGAUAAUUUA